GGCAAAAGAACAAGACAGCUAUGAAUAUGAACAUCGCUACAAUAUGCUUGCUAUUGUUGUUGGCAUCCACUGCCAAUGUUGCCCAAUCCGGUGUCUUUGAUGUGCAGAAGUAUGGAGCAAAGCCUGGCCAGGACAUCAGUCAGGCUUUGACAAAAGCUUGGAAAGAAGCAUGCGCUGCAGGAGGUACAAGUAAAAUUGUGAUUCCUAAAACCACAUACAACUUAGGCAGCUCAACGAGUUUACAAGGGCCUUGCAAGGGUCCUAUGCAGAUUCAGCUUGACGGCAUAGUAAGGGCCCCAGCAAACCCCCACCAGCUCAAGACUGAUGGUUGGCUCGUUAUUGGUCGUGUCGACAGCUUCACUCUAUCGGGCACUGGAACACUAGAUGGCCUAGGAGCAACUUCUUGGAAACAAAAUGAUUGUGGCAAAAACAGCAACUGCAAAUUACUUGCAACGACUUUAAGGCUCGACUUCGUCACAAAUGGAGUGAUUCAAGGCAUUACAUUCAAGGACCCCAAAAGUUUCCACAUUAACGUUUUGGGAUGCAACAAGUUGAAGAUCCAACAUGUUACCAUCACUGCACCCAUAACAAGCCUCAACACCGACGGAAUCCACAUUGGACGUUCAAAUGGGAUCACCAUUUCGGACACAACGAUUGGAACCGGUGAUGAUUGUAUCUCCCUUGGUGAUGGAAGCAAAGAUGUUACUAUCCAAAGAGUUAAAUGUGGACCAGGCCAUGGAAUUAGCAUAGGAAGCCUUGGGAAGUACUUCAAUGAACAACCUGUAGCUCGCAUCAAAGUUCUAGAUUGCACCUUUACCGACACAAUGAAUGGUGUAAGGAUCAAAACAUGGCCUUCCUCCCCUUCUGCCGGAACUGCAGACGAUAUAACUUUCAAGGGUCUUACCAUGAAUAAGGUCGGCAAUCCUGUCAUUGUAGAUCAAGCGUACUGCCCAUACAGUCAAUGCAAAUCACAGAUUCCCUCUAGAAUUAAGAUCAGCAAUUUGAUGAUUGACGACGUUCAAGGGACUUCUGCAACUCGGGAGGCUCUCAAGAUUAUCUGCAGUAAGGAUGAACCAUGCCAGAACGUGAAGGUUUCAAACAUUAACCUUUCAUACCUUGGAGCUGAGGGGAAAGCUAUGAGCGUAUGUGAAAAUGUCAAGCCCGCGGUCUCUGGCACGCAGAACCCUCCUAUUUGUCCUCGCCAUUAAGUAAACGGCUAGUAAUUAGUCGGUAUAAGCAGUAGGAGGCCGGAAGCUGAAAUAAAUUCCCUUGCGGAAGCAUAUAAGUUGUAAUAUUCUCUUUCAAACGUAUACAUACUAGGGCUUGUGUUCUUAUGAUGAACAAAGCAAAUUUGCAUGUAAUGAAAGUUCUGAUGAAUUAGUCAAAUAAUAGUGGUA